CAUAUAUGAAGUUUCUUUGGCCUCAGAUCUUGUGUUUCCUAUUUUUCAGUUAUCUAUGUCUAGUUGAAGCAAAGUCCACCAUUGAACCAUGCAAUUCCUCAGACUCAUGUCCCUCUCUUCUCUCUUAUCUCUUGCCAUGGGACUCCAAACUCUCCGAAAUUGCCACUCGCUUCCAUGUAAGCGUGUCUGACAUCAUGGCUUCAAACUCCAUCUUCCCCAUAACAGAAUCAAGUGCACACCAAAUCCUCAGUGCAAAAUCAUUAGUCAAAAUACCUAUUUCAUGUUCAUGUGUGGAUGGGAUCCGAAGGUCCAUGUCAAUCCUUUACACUGUUCAUGCAUCAGACACUCUUGCUACCAUAUCAGAUGGCUAUGGUGGGUUGGUCAGUGGUGAACAAAUUAAGAGUGUGAACAGCAUCAAUGCCACCAACCCCUUGACGAGUGGAGGCACAGUUGUAAUUCCACUGCCAUGCACGUGCUUUAAUAAUUUGAACAAUGGAGGGACCGCAAUUUAUAUGUCGUAUGUGGUGAAGAGAGGGGAGAGCUUGAGGAGCAUUGCAACAAUGAUUGGGACAACUAUUUCGGACUUGGAAACUGUGAAUGGGCUUGGGGAAACUCAAGUGGAUUCCGGAGACAUACUAUCUAUUCCCAUUGCAGCAUGUUCAUCAGCAACCUUGAAUUGGUACAAUGAGAGUAUGAUGGUCCCAAAUGGCUCAUAUACAUUAACUGCCAGCAACUGCAUCAAAUGCACUUGUGAAUCAAUGGAUAUCAAGAUGCGAUGUGUUCCUUCUGGACUGGAUGUACCCUGCUAUAAUUUACGUUGCAAAGGAUCCAAUCUUAUUAUCGGCGAUGAAUAUGUGGAGCAUUCAAAAACAGGUUGCAAUGUGAGCCAAUGUGUUUACCGUGGCCAUAGGGGCGGCAAAAUUCUCAGUAGUAUGAAGAACUCUUCUUACCUCCAAUGUCCGGAUAAUCAAAGUCAUAGUGGAGUAUCAUGUUCACCUUCCUUGUCACCAUAUCAUGUAGACCCAUUUGUUGUGUCUCCAAAGCCAUCCUCCUUCUUGCCACUGCCAGUUUCUAAGGCUGCUCUGAGUACUCGUGCCACCUUCGGAAGGGUUGAUCAAAUUUUGAUCAAUGUGCUGCAAUUAUUCGUGUUAAAAUUUAUCCUUUAUUUUCUGAUUUAAUCAAGCGUUGGAAGUUUGAGUACAAUAACCCAUAUCUUGUAUUCAACUUUUGGUGUACAAAACUUUUGUACAAAGCCAUUGUUUUUUUUUUUUCUUUUUUUGAUGUUUCUCAUCUUUGAUUUUCUAUUGUAAAAUUUGUUUCUAUUCUCAUGGGUUUGAGUUGUUAAUUGAGACCACUGUUAUGCCCACUUGAUCAUGGUGGAAUUCCAUUUAUCGGUCUGGAGGACCUGUAGUUUAUACCCUUGAUUUAGAAGGGUUUGAUUGUAAAAAAUAUUGAUAUUAAUUUG